AUGAGUGGACGAGUUGCUGCCAAUGACUAUCUCGAUAUCCUCAAUGAUGAAAUUUUUACCAUAGCCAGCAUAUUGCUGCCAAACAUUGUCAUACUCCAAGAUGAUAAUGCGCCGAUACACAGAGCGAAAAAGGUUCAGUCUUGGUUCAAUGAGCAUCAGAAUAUAAUAAAACAUCUUUCCUGGCCAGCACAGUCACCAGACCUCAACAUAAUUGAAACGAUAUGGGGUUUCAUAUAUAUGUAUGUCGUAUCCAUACCGCGUUAUGUCUAUUUAAUAGAAUGGAACUGAGGUUUCUCCACUUCGCAUAAUUACACAAUAUGGUUAACAUUUCGCAAAAUGGAUACCUAAACUUUACACAACGGAACUUGUUCUAUCAUUUGGAUGUCUAUAACGCGAAAUAAUAAAUUAUUAUUAUCUCUCAAUUAUAAUUAUUUAUUUAAACCUUAUAUUGCAUACCAAGGGUUUUUUUAGUUGAUAUGAUAAUAUUCCUAUCGGCUGAUCAUAAAUGACAAUCAAAAAAUUAUUUUUUUAGUUUCAUCCACUGUAUAAACAUUAUUAUUGGUCGAUUACCGUCGUUAUUUCGUUAUAAAAGUGGAUAUAGGCUCUACAGAUCCAGCGAACAUUAUUGCAGUAGUGAUAGAACAUAAAAAUGAUCUCAACCGUUUAGGAAUUGAACAUGGCAUUAUAAAGGGUUGGUAUGGUUCAGGAAAUAUUCAUACAGGUUUAUAAAUAUCGACCAAGUAAAGACAAAAGAAAUGUCAAUCAGAGAAAUUUUAUCAUCUUUAACAGGUCAUGGCUUUUAUAGCUGUUACUGUAAAGGUAAAACAAAAAACUGUGCUUGUUUUAAAGGUAAUUUAAAAUGUAAUUCUCGUUUUAAUACUACUCAAACAUGUUCAAAUAAAUAAUAAUAGAAAUUUGUAAUCUUAAAAAACAAAUAUUAAUUUAUUAUUGUAUUAUUAUUAUUAGUGUAAUAUUUCGCGUUAUGGAUAUCCAAAUGACAGAACAAGUUCCGUUAUGUAAAGUGUAAAUAUCGAAAUGUUACAAAAUUUUAAAUCUAAUUAUGUUAAUCUACUCAUUAAAGGUAGCCAUAAGAAAUUGAGAAUUAUUGUAACAUUAGAAACUAAUAUCAAAUUAGCAUUAUAUAUUUGUACAUAAUUUCCGGUUCGUGAUAAAAAGAUAAAAAGAACCACAGUAUAGGUACAACAUAUACAUAUAAUUUAUUUAACAUGCAGUAUUAAUAUACUGCACAAUAAUUCUUUACUACAUUUAUAAUAAAUAAUAAUAAAGUUGUAUUACCUCCUCAGGAAGUGAACUUGCUUGAUGUCUCGGAGAAUGAAUAUUAUCGAGGUACUUAGAUAAUUUGCUUGCUGAUAGACUUGUGAAAUGUCUAUUGUAAAGAUGUCCUGGCUGUAAAAACAAAUAAAAAACCAAAUGUAAUCAAUUAAAAAUUUACAAAACGAUUGCAAACUAGAAUAUAAUGUUAUUCUUUUUUAAAAAAUGUCGCAAGGGUUUUGUGUAAAACGGCUUCGUAUAAUAUAGUAAUUAUUAAUAUACUUGACAUCGUUUACCCAAUUAUUACUGUUCUCAUAUUCAACAAUGAGGUUUGCCGAAUUAAUUGUAAAAUAUUCUGAAGUAGACCUGCUCGAGGCCCAGGAGCCUUUAGUGGUAAUCUACAAGGCUUGCGUGGGCUCACUCAAUCUCGUUUGGAAUCUAUGGACGGAAUUUUUCAUGCAGCAAUAUUUUUAAUUUUUGAAAAAAUAGAGAAAGUUAAACAAAAAUGGCAUUUGUUUGAAUACAUUUUUAGGAUAUCAUGUGACUCGUGACUAAAUAAAUCUAUUAGUUCCAUUCAAAGUUUAACAGAAUAAUCGUAAAUAUAAAACAAAAAUAGUUCAAAAAAGACGGACAUACUUCGCACGAUAGAUGCUGCCACUAGUGUUAGUGAAAAGUUGGGAAUGUAGGAUAUAGAGGAAAAAUUAAUUUAUAUCUGCAACUAUAAAUCAUUGCUUACUAAAAACGAUUCUGAGCGGAAUUCAGUUGAUAGUAAAGCUUUGUCUACAAUAUAUAUAUAUAUAUAUAUAUAUAUAUAUAUAUAUGUAUAUAUAAAUCAUAUUAUAGUAAAAUAAAUAAUUAGGCAUUAUAUAUUUUCUUUAAUAAUAUUUAUUAGUGACAGCUGGGUCUCUAGGUAUACCUAAAACGCAUUUUUUUUCUCUUGUUUAAGUAAAAGGGAUAAAAUAAAUGCAAACAAUUUUUUUCGAAAUCCGGGUUUGAACUCACGAUCCCUAGGAUGGUAAUAGAUAUCUAUAAUUAAGGUAUUAUUAUUAUUAUAUAUUAUUAAAGACUAUUGUCGCGUCACGUGGAAUCACAUGAUGUCAUGUGAACUCACGUGACGACAAAAAAAGUGCAGACAUGGAGUAUCGUUUUAAAUGUUCUUUAAAUACAAAAGAACCACAAUGCUAUCACGUUACAAUCGUCACAUCACGUCACCAAAGUUUUGCGUGAAAUCACUUUUUUAUUUUAUAAUUUGGAAUUUAACUUCAUAGAUACUAAAUACUUAAUGGAGUACUAAAUUUAACUCUCAAAGCGUGUGGAGGAAUUUCAAUGAAAAUAGCUUUGCUACCAAAACUUGCUAACUUAACCUUGCUAGUCAAUUUGUUAACCAAAGUAACUUUUAAAAUGAUACUAAUUUUAUACUUAUAAUUCCAAAAUCCAACCCUCAAAACUAAUUUUUAUGAAAACAAUAUUAUAACCAUGUCGGCCAAAUGGUUGAGGUCCAAAGUGUAAUUGUGCUUCCCCCAUUUGGCUUCUUCGUUAUGCUUGUUAACGUGGUGGAAAUUUUGUUCCCACAUCAUCCGAUGGCGAUGUUCUUUUGUUCUAUAAUACGUCUUAUUAUGUUCAGCCUUUAACAAAAAAUAAAAUACAUAAACAUUAUACAAUAAAUGCAUAAACACAUUUUUUACAUUAUGUAAAUUUCAUCAGUAGCGUAUUUAUGGGAGAGGCCGAGGAGACACGGGCCUACGAGAUAUUUUAGCACCACAUACGUAACAUGCCAUUGACGAAGAUCAGUUAUUGCAUUACAUACCUAUAAUUUCCUCUAUAUUUUGUUUUGGCCUAUUUCUACUUUGAUAAUAUUAAAUUAUUACUCACGUUUUAAUUUUGGAAUUUUAAGAUAUUUUUAACGAAAAAUUGAAACUAUUUUAUUUUAUAUUUACGAAAAAUAUUUAGAUUCCAAUGAACUUCGAUGCAAUGCUGCACUUACAGCACACAAUGAAGGGCCAAACCGUAUAUUUUUGUUGAAUAAACAAAUUACUAACAAAAGCCCUCCAAAGUAUACUAAAAAUUGUGUAAGGAAAUAUGAAAGGAGAAUUGAAAGCCAUAAUCGCCGACGUUAUCUUUUUAAAAAGACUGAACUGAAAACAACUGCCGUAAAAAAAUUACAAUCCAAUUCCGGACCAGAUGAAAAUUAUGGAAAUGUGUCACAUAUGACAUGACCUUUAUUCAGACUUAACAGAAAGCCAAAUUGUAGAUUAUAAACGUCUGUACUUGGAAAAAUUAUCAUUGUCUAAGAAACAAAUAAAUGAUUUAAAAAUGAGAACAAGAAAAAAAACCAAAGUGAAGAAUGGUAUAUUGAAAGGAAAAAACAGUUGGUAUUUAUUAUUAAUUUUUUUUAUUUACCUUUUAUAUGUAUUUACCCUCUAUAUUUGACAGACUUACAGCAUCUAUUUUUGGGAAAAUUUGUAAAAUGUGUGACAAAACGUCACGUGAAAAAUUGUAAUUGAUAUUUUGUUUGGCACAUUUACUGGGAAUACCGUCACCGGGUAUGGGAUUAGUAAUAAGGUAAUCGCCAAAAAACAGUUAAAAGAGCUUUCUACAACGAAAAAGUACAACCAGCUGGUUUAAUUGUUGACAUCAAUAUGCCGUUUUUAGCAGCCUCUCCUGACAACGUAAUCGAUAACGAAUCAUUAGUUGAAAUUAAAUGUCCAGCUAGUGCAAAAGAACUCGCCCCAUAA